GCGGCCCAGAGCAGCGGGCACCGUCCUCAGCCUGCGCGCCGCUCCCGCCUCGGCUCCGGCGGCCACGGCAGCCUGCGUCACCGCUCGCCGUGUUAUCGGCCUUCGGUGCUGUCAGGCCAAGGGCUGCUGGCUUUCUUCCCCCCUUCCCUGCAUGGUGUUUACACUUCUAAGAAGUGGCUCAACACGAACGUCUGGUUUCACCGUCACUUCUGGGGAGGGUCAGCCACCGCGGCUUGCUUGGCUGAACUCAGUUUGCAGCGCUCGGAGAAAAGUCUAGUGGCAGACACCAACAAUUCAGAGCAGCAGCAAGCCAAGGAGGAGGAAGGAGCUGCUGGAACCCAAAAGCAAGAGACUUCCCUGGAGGAGGGGGCUCAGCAGACAUCAGAGGGGCAACCCACGGUGGGGCAGAAGCAGACGGCCUCCAACGGCGAGACACCCGCACACGAGGAGCAGAGCAAGAAGGAGCGCCGCACCUACGAGGGCCGCCGCCUCUCCCGCCUCUUCUCCUCCUUCCUCAGGAGACCCAAGUCUCAGGUGUCUGAAGAGGACAAAGACACUGAUGCUCCCAAAGAGGUGGGAGAUGACCAGAAGGAGGCGGGAUUAGGAGCCAGCCCUGGUGAAGACAUCCUGGUGAAAGCUCCAAUUGCAGCUCCUGAGCCUGAGCUCAAAACUGAUCCGUCGCUAGAUCUCCAUUCCUUGAGCAGUGCAGAGACACAGCCUGCACAGGAGGAGAGGAGGGAAGACCAGGAGCCUGAGAGCAAACACCUUGGAGGCAAGGAAGGAGAGGAAGCAAAGGAGGAGUGCACCAAACCAGAGCUGAAACAAGAGACUCUGGAGACCAAAGCAGAGAAGGAUUUGAAAGCUGCCCAGAAAACAGUAAAAAAACACAGAAACAUGUACUGCAAAAUUGUCUUGCUGGAUGACACCAUUUUUGAGUGCUCCGUGGAUAAGCACGCCAAGGGACAGGAUCUACUUAAAAAAGUCUGUGACCACCUCAAUCUCCUGGAAGAAGACUACUUUGGCUUGGCCAUAUGGGACACACCACCCUCCAGGACAUGGCUGGAUCCUGCUAAAGAAAUCAAAAAACAGAUUCACGGAGGCCCCUGGGAUUUCACCUUCAAUGUCAAGUUUUAUCCACCAGACCCUGCACAGCUGACAGAGGACAUCACCAGGUAUUAUUUGUGUCUUCAGCUGAGACAAGACAUCAUCCUGGGGCGGCUGCCCUGUUCCUUUGCUACUCUGGCUCUGCUUGGUUCCUACACGGUCCAGUCUGAGCUGGGAGACUACGAUUCUGAUCUUCAUGGCCCUGAUUACAUCACUGAAUUUAAACUGGCCCCAAACCAGACGAAAGAGCUUGAGGAGAAGGUGGUGGAGCUUCAUAAGACAUAUAGAUCCAUGACUCCAGCCCAAGCAGACAUGGAAUUUCUUGAGAAUGCAAAAAAACUGUCGAUGUAUGGAGUUGAUCUUCACCAAGCCAAGGAUUUGGAAGGAGUGGACAUCACUCUGGGAGUCUGUUCCAGUGGCCUUCUUGUUUACAAAGACAAACUGAGAAUCAACCGCUUCCCCUGGCCCAAAGUCCUGAAGAUCUCCUACAAACGCAGCAGCUUUUUCAUCAAGAUCAGGCCGGGGGAGCAAGAACAGUAUGAAAGUACAAUUGGAUUCAAACUACCAAGUUACCGAGCAGCGAAGAAGUUGUGGAAAGUCUGUGUAGAACAUCACACUUUCUUCAGGCUGACUUCCACCGAGGCCAUCCCCAAGAGCAGGUUCCUGGCUCUGGGGUCCAAGUUCCGCUACAGCGGCCGGACGCAGGCGCAGAGCAGGCAAGCGAGUGCCCUGAUCGACCGCCCUGCACCCCAGUUCGAGCGCACGGCCAGCAAGCGAGCCUCCAGGAGCCUGGAUGGAGCUGCUGUGUGGGCAGUUGGUAACUUGUGCCCCAUUUCCUCAGCUAAACCUGCAACUCAGAGGGUUGAGUUCAGAGCCGCAGAGGAAGAGAAGCAGGAGGAGGUGGUGGUGGUUGAGGUUCCUGAAUCAAAACCCACGGAUCAAAUCCGAGAGAAGUCAGCCAAACACACUCUUGAAACUUUUGAAAUGAAACCCAUUGCAGAGGAGGAGGAGGAGGAGAAGGUAGAGGUGGUUAAGGUUCCUGUGGCCAAGCCAAAGUUCCCAGAGCCGUUGCUGACAUGGUCAGCAGUGGCCGUGAUAACCCCUGAGAGGAGUCCCCGUCCCACCUCUGCCCCAGCCAUUGCUCAGAGCCAUGCUGCAGAACAAGUCCCAGCUAAGCCUGAUGUGAAGGAUGUGGUCAUUGCAUCUAAAGUAGAAAAGGAAACAGCAAAACCUGAUGUGAGACAUGAAGAAAUCCUAGUAGAGAGAACCAAGGAGGAGACGGCCGAUGAAUCAAAGGUGAGGAAAGCGCACACUGAGGUCACAGUACCCACCACCAGUGGUGCCCAGCCCCAGCAGCAGCCUGCAGAGAAAGAGGAAGAGCUGAUAAGAAUGAGGAAGAAAAGAUCAAAGAGGCUAGAUGGUGAAAACAUUUAUAUCAGGCAUAGCAAUUUAAUGUUGGAGGAUCUAGAUAAGACCCAGGAAGAAAUAAAGAAGCAUCACGCCAACAUCAGUGAGUUGAAGAAGAACUUUAUGGAGUCCGUCCCGGAGCCUCGGCCAAGUGAAUGGGACAAGCGUUUGUCCACUCACUCCCCUUUCCGAGCCCUCAACGUCAACGGGCAGAUUCCCAUGGGAGCAGACGGAAAACUGAGUGACUUUCUCUCCAGAGAGGAUGUGGCUGCAGUGCCUGAGUGGAGCAGUGUUUAUGCUGCCUUUGCCCGUGAGGGCUCAAAGCAGUUGGUAGCUUGUAGUGAAACUCUUGUGCCACCCACCUCAGAACCUUCUCCCAUUUGUCACUCUGGUGCAUCCUCCCUAAGCAGCGAGGAGGAGGAGGCAGCUCCCAGCCUCUCUGCGAGCGAGGAGGACCUGAGAUACGGAAAGGGACUUUGUGUGGAUGCGGAGAAGGACUCAGGGCUCUCUGAGCUGGAGCCUCCCGCCAGCCCUGCCACACCUCCCAGGCAGCCCUGGGGAGCGGAGGAGGAGAUGGCAGAGGAUGGUGAAGACAGAUUUGCCUUUAGAAAGCCAAAUGGCGAGUGUCACGGCUCGGAGGUUAAUAAUGGGCUGCUGGCAGUCAUACGCUGCUUCCAGGUAGUGAGCCCUGCUCCCCACACCCCUGGCCAGCUUGGGAGCAGGAGCCCAAACGUUGCAGUAAGCAGAUGCCAUGCAUCCCAGAGAAUCUGUGCUUGCUUGGCUUGAACUCUGCUUGGAGCUCGUUAAGUGGUUUAUCUGCCACAGUCAGUGCACACAAGCCCCUCUCAAUUUCUCUUUGCAUUAAAUAUGAGCCCCUCUUGAUUCAUCUUUGCAUUAAAUACGAGCCACUCUCAAUCCAUCUUUGCACCAAGUACAGUUGCAGCACAAAGCCCUUUGCUCUAUCCAAAGCGUCCUAUUGCAUCCUCAAAAAGAGAUGCAAGACAUAAUAAUUCUGGUUCUUUAAGGCUUUUGCUGUCUCCCCACGUGCCAGAGGUUGAGCCUUAACAUGACAAAGCAAAUUGGAAGUGCUGCCAAAUGUGCUUUGACGUGGUGCAGGUGGGCUUUCCUGUCCAUGGGAGAUGAGUAUUUUUGCCUGCUUCAGUGUUGAUGUUAAUUGCUGGUGGUUAAAUUGAUGCCCACUCCCCCCUGCCAACAAUCAUGGUGGCAUCUGCCAGGUUUGGGGAUGGUGAGCGGAAGUUGAGCCCUCUGGAAGAGCACUGUGGGUCUGAACUAACUCUUCUUCUGGAUGAUAAUCAGGUGGUGGAACAACUGAUUUCUCUCUCCCUCCUCCCCCCACACAGUUUGUCUUUCGAGAUGGCACGUUUCUGUUUUGUCUGACAUGGAUUUAAUAAAAGUUUAAGGCCCAGGAUCUGAUGAGGAUUUUAAAUCAUGUCACAUUUCACUUGCAGUCAGGAUAAAGUCUCUCAUCUGACAUCAAGUCUUUAUUUGCCUGGGGGUUGUGUUAAUCUUGACAUUGUCAUCAGUAGAUGAGGGUCAUCUUUUCAUGGCAGCAGGCCAUGAGCUUCUGGUAAUUAGAAAGUUAAUAAUCAGUGGAAACAGUUUUUGUGUGACACUGUGGCACACCAGUUAAGCCCUUAAUGUCUUGCUCAGGCUGACCUGAGGGCAUGGUGUUGGGAAAGAUCUGGAGGGUUUUUGUGUCUCUUUAAUCCUCGUUGCAUGAUCUCUACCCUCUGAGCUGUGUGUCGUACCAGAGGCUUAAAAGAAAAGAUUUGCAGGCUGACCUUGGUUCCCACAGUGCUUUUAUCAGAUCAGUGUCAGAAUGCUUGCCAGGACGGGAUAUGGUAAUGCUGGUGGGCUCCUUACAGAGCUGUUUUUAACCCUGUCCCAUAGCCACCACUAGUGAAGACCCAGACAGUCACCAUCUCUGACGUGUCCAAUGCUGUCAAAAGUGAAAUCCCCACCAAGGAAGUCCCCAUUGU